AUGUCGGGUCUGGCAUCUGUUAUUGUGGCAGAUCAAGCUGACUACGCUUUGACGGAGCAGCAGGUUCGGAUCAUCUCUGAACACCCCUUCAAGAACUCAUUGGAUUACUUCCAUGCUCGGAUAAAGUUGAGCGAGAGAGACUUUCAUGAGUCCGACACUCCGCGGCAGGAUGAUGUUGCAGGCCUUUUGGGGGCUUUAGUCGCCUCUCCUGCUGCUUUCAGCCUUCCCUCACCAGACGGAAAUGGCAACGCUGCAUUCAAGUUGCUAUCUCUGUUACAACGUGUCCGAGAGAGUACCAUAGAACUCGACCGAUUCCGUCCUUUGAUCCGUUGUAUCGUCAAUAAAUCCCCCGACAACACUAUCUGGGCAGCCUUUGGAAUACCCUUGGUCCACUUACUACGGCUUAUUCCAGCAUCUAUCCGACUUUCAAAGGAACACCGGGAGCUUUUCGAGGAAAUACGGACAUGUACCUUUCGAAAUGUGGGAGGAUUUUGCGAUAGGUUCUUCGACUCCAAGAGUUGGGGCAAACAGCAGCAGGAUAUGCUAAAGGGGGUAAUGGCAGAGCACAAUGGAACGAAAUGGAAAGGCUUCCCAUCCACCCCGGAUGGAAAAUUGGUCUGGGACUGGCUUCGCUCACUGGAAGAGCGUGCUUUUCCCGAUGCGCCACAUAAGCUUCACACCACAACGACCGCAAACCAGUUCAAGCAAAGGAAAGGCCAGAUGGAUAUUUUCUUUCAAGUACCCGCCGCAAAAGCAGGUGCUUUCGAGUAUAAGCACAUCCUCGUCGUGGGAGAGCAAAAGAAAUCAUACGAUAAAGGCCGCUUCAAGGCUGAUCUACUCCAGCUCACGCGCUAUGUACGAGGUGUCUUCGCAGACCAGCCUACUUGCCGCUUCGUUCUUGGCUUUACACUCUGCGCUUCCACAAUGGAGCUCUGGGUCUUUGAUCGGUCGGGGCCGUACAGCUCAGGGCCGUUUGAUAUUCACGCCAACCCGGAAAAAUUCGCAUGUGCUAUUAUUGGCUAUGCCACGAUGGAUGAUGAUGCUAUGGGUCUAGACACAUUUAUCCAGCGAGAGGACAGGCAUCGCCAUGUCACUCUAGACGAUGCAGAUGGCAACCAGACAAGAAUCAGGCUUGGAAGACCGAUGGUGAGACAGAAAGCUGUUGUAUGCCGCGGCACAACGUGUUUCGAGACCCGAAACAAUCAUGUUGCGAAAUUCUCAUGGGCAUCCGACAAGCGGCAGCUGGAGGUUAAGCAGCUCAUGCUAGCGGAACAAAGGGGUGUUCAGGGAGUAGCCAGGGUUGUGGCGCAUCGCCGGAUUGGCACUAUUGCGGAAUUGUGCAAGGGCUUAGAUUUCCAACAACGUCACCGGUUCCGCAAUGAAGACGCCCACCUCGACAGCCCGACAAUACUAUCAGGUACAUCAGCCAGCAAGCGCAAGUCAUCAUCCAAUCACACCUCUGAUAGCGUGUCCGGAUCUAAGAGAUUGCGGUCUGGGAAUCAGAAGUUGAGUGGUCAACUAUUAACCGGCAAUGGACCGAGUCUAUACACGCCAAGCGAAGACCUGUGGGAGAAUAGAAUUUAUUCCUGCCUGGUUAUUUCCCCAGCUGGUCGUGUUGUGAGCGAGUUCACCACCGUCAGAGAACUCUUGGAAUCGUUGCGAGAUGCUAUCAAGGCGCACCAGUCUCUCUACACUAAAGGCAAUAUUCUUCACCGCGAUAUUUCCACAAACAAUAUCAUCAUCACAAAGGCCGAGGCAUCAGGUGGCUUCAAGGGCAUGCUUAUUGACCUUGACCUAGCGAAGGAAAGAGGCAGUGGUCCGAGUGGAGCGCGUCACCAGACUGGUACAAUGCAGUUCAUGGCAGUAGAGGUGCUCCGCAAGACUGAUCACACAUAUCGCCACGAUUUGGAGUCGUUUUUCUAUGUCCUUGUCUGGCUUUGUGCGCGUCAUUCGUGGAAUAAUGGAUUCGAUUGUGGAUCAAAGCCACCCAAGGAAAGCCUGCUUCGAAAAUGGGAGAUCGGGUCCUUCAACGAUAUUGCAGAUGCCAAGGAGGGUCAUAUGACUGUAAACAGCCUCAAAAGAAUUAUGGGUGAAUUUGCUGCGAUACUGGAUAUUCUAAAACCUCUAUGUUUAACGAUCAGGAAGAUCCUCUUUCCCUUGGAUAAGGAUGAGGAAAUGAGCUUUGGAACCCCUGUGGGUGAUCCGGAUCAGCUCUACGGACCUAUUGUGGCUGCUUUCGAUGACACUAUUGAGAGUCUCUCUAAACAUUAA